AUGAAUGCGCAAGUGCAGUCAUCCCUGACAGGGGUUGAGUCCAAGCUCAAUGCUCUCUUAACCACCCUCACCACCUCUCCGGCGGCCGCGGGAGCCCCCGCCGCAGCAGUCGCCCUUCUCGACGCGGACGACGCGUUAUCCUCAGCCAUUGACACGCUGCGACGGCACCAAGAAAACUACGCCAAGAUUCUCCGUCUCCGCAUCGAAGCACAGCAGCUCGAGGAUCGAGUCAAGGACAUUGUGAGGGACAUUGAGGGAUUCGACAAAGAUAUUCGCACAGCCUGCGGUGAUGAAGGCGAGAGUGACAGUGAGGCCGAUUCAGACGAGGACGAAGAUAAUGAUGGGAAGGUGGCAGCCCUCCAGGGCAUCAAAGAAAUUGACUACCGAUUGCUUUUGGAUUUCGCGCGUCGGAUCAGCAAAUACAACAACGAAGCGGCGGCCGAUGCGGACAAGCGCCAGCAGACCAAACAGCCGGGCGCCGAUAAGGACAUAACGAUGCUGGGGAGCAACGGAGAUCAGGCAGCAGAGGAGGGAACAGAACCAGUAUCGUCAGUGACGAAGAACGCAACGCAGUGGUUGGACGAGUCGGCGAAUGUGACGCGCGAGGUGUAUAUGCUGCCAUACCCGAUGGAGGAGCGGAUCCGCCUAGGACUCAUGGGCCAAAUACAGCUUGCAGCGGCUGAAGAUCCCGACCGGGAGGUGGAUCGACUUAUACGGGAAGCGGAAGGCUUGGGAGCUGCAGAGCCCCCAGCACCGGUGCCCGCUCCGGAGAGCACCAUCCAAGCCGACGAGGCUGCAAAGGCCGCUGCCCAUGCGGGCUCCUCCGCUAGUGACGCGACACGCGCCCCAGCACCGGCCCCGAAACCCAAGGCCAUGCUGGAUCUUGAUCUCUAUGACCCUGAUGACGACGACAUUUGA